AUGGACAGGAUUGACAAGAGGGUAAGGGGUUACUUGUUCCAAGUUGGUUAUGAAAAGUGGUCCAUAGUGCAUUCCACUGUUAAUAUAUCCAUGGUGAUGACUUCAAAUAUUGACGAGUCACUCAAUGCAAGAAACAAAGAGGCAAGAGAGCUACCAAUCAUGAGUUUGCUAGAUUACAUGAUGAAUUUGGUUAUGGAAUGGAAUAAUAUAAAUAGAAUGACUGCAAUGAGUACAGUUACUGGCCUAGGAAAAAAAUAUAACGAAGUACUGAAGGAAAAUAGCAGUUUGUUGCAGAAGAUGACGGUGGAACAUAGUCUGCAUGCAAAAAAGGGAUUUCAAGUGGAUGAGAUUCCUUAUCCACAUGCUAUGGCAGUAUUAGACUACACACACAUAGAAGCACCCAAAUAUUAUUCUGCCUAUUACACCAAGGAAUACUUCAAGAAGACAUAUGAAGUGUCAGUUAAUCUACUUCCAGAUGAAACUACAUGGGACCUUCCAACAGAGGUGUUAGAUAAUGUGGUCCUACCACCGAUAGUGAAGGGCAAAUCAGGAAGACUGAUGAAGUCGCGACGCAAGGGACUUUAUGAAUAUUUGUAUACUGAAACAGCUACCUGUGCACUGUAUGGAAAACAAGGACACAACAAAAGAACAUGUAGGAAUGCUCGAGACAACUAG